AUGGAUUAUUUGCUGUGGCUGUGCAGCUUUGUGCUUCCCGCGGUAUUGGCUGUGGAAGAAACCCUAAUGGACAGUCGGUGGGCAACAACAGAGCUUGCUUGGACCACAUUCCCGGAGAGUGGGUGGGAGGAGGUGAGCGGCUAUGAUGACUCCAUGAGCCCUAUUCGAACCUACCAGGUAUGUAAUGUCCGACAGCCCAACCAGAACAACUGGCUUAGGACGGACUUCAUUCCCCGCAAGGGCGUUCUGCGCAUCUACGUGGAGCUCAAGUUCUCAGUCCGUGACUGUGCCAGCAUCCCUAACAUCCCCGGCUCAUGCAAGGAGACCUUUAACCUGUUUUACUAUGAGUCGGAGGGGGACACAGCCACUGACACCAAUCCCCUCUGGAGGGAGAACCCCUACAUCAAGGUGGAUACUAUUGCCCCGGACGAGAGCUUUUCCUUGCUGGAAGCGGGCAGGAUCAACACCAAAGUGCGGAGCUUUGGCCCUCUCUCUAAGGCCGGCUUCUAUUUGGCGUUCCAGGACUUCGGCGCCUGCAUGUCUCUCAUUUCGGUCAGAGUUUUCUUUAAGAAGUGCUCCACCACCAUUGCUAACUUUGCCGUGUUCCCAGAGACGGCCACAGGAGCAGAAGCCACCUCCUUAGUCAUUGCCCCAGGGGCCUGUGUGUCUAACGCUAUGGAGGUGUCCGUCCCCCUGAAGCUCUACUGCAACGGGGAUGGGGAGUGGAUGGUUCCCGUGGGCUCCUGUACCUGUGUGGCUGGGAAUGAACCAUCUGCAGACAAUACUCAGUGCCAAGCUUGCAGCCCUGGGACCUUCAAAUCCAAAUACGGAGAAGAAUCGUGUAUUCCAUGUCCGUCCAACAGUCGCACCAGUGCCCGAGGAGCCAACAUCUGCCCCUGCCAGAGCGGUUUUCACCGUGCAGAUAGCGACCCCCCUGACUCUGCCUGCACUACUGUCCCUUCGGCGCCUCAAAACGUCAUCUCCAGCGUGAACGAGACCUCGCUGUCCUUGGAGUGGGAGGAGCCUGAGGACAUGGGUGGGCGGAGUGACUUGGUCUAUAACGUGGUGUGUAAGAAGUGCUUGCGAGACCGCAGCCCGUGCACGCGCUGCGACGACAACGUGGAUGUGGCGCCACGGCGCCUGGGGCUGAGGCAAAGGAAAGUGGUGGUGAGGAACCUGCAGGCUCACACCCGCUACAGCUUUGAGAUUCAGGCUGUCAACGGCGUCUCUGGGAGGAGCUCCUCCUCACCUAGGUUCUCCACCGUCAACAUCACUACCAACCAAGCAGCCCCCUCGGCAGUGCCCACGGUCCAUCUGAUGCGAUCCACUGCAGACGCCCUCAGCCUGUCAUGGCUGCCCCCUGAGAAGCCAAACGGGGUCAUCCUCGACUACGAGAUUAAAUACUAUGAGAGAGGCCAGGCAAUGUCCCACACUGUGACCUCCCAGUACAGCUCAGCCAAGGUGGAGGGGCUGAAGGCGGCCACACCCUACGUGGUGCAGGUCAGGGCUCGAACCGUUGCUGGCUACGGACGUUACAGCGCCCCCAUGGAUUUCAGCACCAGCCUACACAGUAUGGGCGAUCCUCAGAAGUCGGUGCAGGAUCAGCUGCCUCUCAUUGUGGGCUCAGCUUCUGCGAGUCUGGUGGUCAUUGUUGCCUUGGUGGUUAUAGCCGUGGUUUGCCUCAAGAAGCAACGCAGCGGCUCAGAGUUGGAGUACACAGAGAAAUUGCAGCAAUACAUUUCUCCAGGGGUGAAGGUGUACAUCGACCCUUUCACUUAUGAGGACCCCAAUGAAGCUGUCCACGAGUUUGCCAAAGAAAUAGACAUCUCCUGUGUGAAAAUAGAAGAGGUCAUUGGUGCAGGUGAAUUCGGAGAGGUGUGCCGUGGGCGGCUCAAGCAGCCCGGUCGCCGGGAGGUGGUGGUGGCCAUUAAGACACUGAAAGCGGGUUACACCGAGCAACAGAGGCGGGAUUUCCUGGCUGAGGCGUCAAUCAUGGGCCAGUUUGAUCACCCCAACGUGAUCCGGCUGGAGGGUGUCCUGACACGCAGCUGCCCCAUCCUCAUCAUCACCGAAUAUAUGGAGAACGGGGCACUUGACUCCUUCCUCAGGCUGAAUGACGGGCGUUUCACGAUGACCCAGCUGGUGGGGAUGCUGCGUGGCAUUGCCGCAGGUAUGAAAUACCUGUCGGACAUGAACUAUGUUCACAGAGAUCUGGCCGCCCGGAAUAUUCUGGUCAACAGCAACCUGGUCUGCAAGGUCUCGGAUUUCGGCCUAUCACGCUUCUUGGACGAUACUUCUUCUGACCCUACCUACACCAGCUCCCUGGGAGGAAAGAUCCCUAUCCGAUGGACGGCACCGGAGGCCAUUGCCUUCAGGAAGUUUACGUCCGCCAGUGAUGUGUGGAGCUAUGGCAUCGUCAUGUGGGAGGUGGUUUCCUAUGGAGAGAGGCCAUACUGGGACAUGAGCAACCAGGAUGUGAUGACGGCAGUGGAGCAGGACUACAGGCUGCCCCCACCCAUGGACUGUCCCAUGGUGCUCCACCAGCUGAUGCUGGAGUGCUGGGUGAAGGAGCGAAACUUAAGGCCCAAGUUCUGUCGCAUCGUAGGCACCCUGGACAAGCUGCUCCGCAACGCUGCCAGCCUCAAGAUGGUCACCAGCACCUACUCGGGGGACCUGCUGCAGGUCGGAGGGACGCUGCCGGGCCACCACAGGAAAAGUCCGGACACCAGUCAGGAAAUCAUCCGACAACAGAUGAGCCAAACUCUCCCCAUCCGAGUGUGA